ACCGGGGGUGCAGCCCCCCCGGAACGGGCCGGGGCCCCGGGGCUGGGUGUGGAGGGUGGGCGCUGCCCGCUGUUUGCCUUGGCACCCCCUCCGCGGCCGGAUAAACGCCAGGGAAGGGUCCCCGGAGGUUUUGCGGCCCCUCCCUGGCUCUUCUCCGGGCUCAGCAAACAGCACGAGUGGCACUCGGCAGCUGGAGCGGCCCCAGCCUUGUGGGGAUCCGAUAAAUGCCCCCGAAACCCGGGCUGGCAAAGGGACAGGAGCGCACGGAGAGAUGGAUGAGAGCUCCAAAGAGGCGCUGAUGGAGGAGGCACCUCCGAGGUACACCGAGUCCCCGCGCCCGCCCUGCAUCCCCCACGAGCUCAAGAGCCUCCUGCUGAUGGCGGCGCUGGUGGUGGUGGCCCUCGUGGUGGUCAACGUCGCCUUCCUCCUGCUGGGGCUGCGGCUCAGCGAGUCACACGCCGAGACGGUGCUGCGAAUGACCAUCCACGGGCUGGACGGCGAGGGGACCCCCCAGCAGCUCGCCAUGAGCCAGAAGGAAAGGACCGGGACGUUCGCGGUGCGGGACGGGCUCAACGCCUCGGCCACGGUGGUGUACGACUACAGCAAGCUGCUGGUCGGCUACAGGUCCUGGCGCCGCCGCGCGUGCUACAUCACCCGCGUGGACAAGGACAACUUCCCGGGGCUGGACGCUGUCGCCGAGACCUUCCAGCGGCGCCAGGGUGAGGAGCUUGGGGACAAGGCUCUGGCUGACCGCUCCGUCCUGGGCACCACCAUCAACAUCCUCUGCAGCGCCGUGCCCGUGUUCUGGGCCGGGCCACUCCAGUCCCCACCCCAGUGCCCCAGUAUAAAAUUCCCAGUCCCAGCAGCCAGGCUGGGCUGGGAAUGGGAGGAGGAGGAGGAAGGGGAGGAAGAGGAGGAGGAGGAGGCAGCCAUGGAGAGCAGCAUGAAGCAGGUGGUGUUUGAAGAGGAGGACUCGGGGAACGGCUGCUGCUGCCCGGGCUGCUGCCUGCCCUGCGCCAAGUGCUGCACCAAAUGCAGCGUGUGCUGCGCCAAAUGCUGCACCAGGUGCGGCGUGUGCUGCGCCAAAUGCUGCUGCCUGCCCAAGUGCUGCCGGUGCCCCGAGUGCCCCAAGUGUCCCAAGUGUCCCGGGUGCCCCAAGUGUCCCGGCUGCGGCAGCUGCUCCGGCUGCCUCCUGAAGUCGCUGUGCUGCGUCCCUCGGCUGCUCUGCUACCUGCCCCGCAAGCUGCUGAGCUGCUGCCACCUCCGCUGCCUGCUGAUCGUGGUGGUCGUGGUGGUGCUGCUGGUGCUCGUCAUCGCCGGCGCCCUGCUGAUGAAGCUGAGCGCCGACCAGAGCCGCGCUGACACCGAGCUGCGGGGCGGGUUGGGGACUGGGCUGGCCUGGGAAGAGGACGCGGCCACUUUCUACCUGGACAGCGGGGACGGGAACGCGGCCACGCUGGUCUACGAUUACAGGAAUCUGCUGGUGAGCUACAGAGCGCGGCUGCAGCGCGCCUGCUACGUGACCCGCGUGGACAAGGACAACAUCCCGGGGCUGGACACCGUGCUCGGCACCUUCCAGCGCCGGCAGGCUGAGGACAGGAUCUCCGUGCCCCUGGCUGACCGCUCCCUCCUGGGCACCACGGCGAGCAUCCUCUGCAGCCUCCUCCCUGUUUAUUGGGCUUAAAACCCCCCAGGGUGGGCAUUGGGGGACCCCCGCGGCAUAUUGGGGGACCCCCACCCACCCGGCAGCACCCUCACAGCGCCAGCUUUGCCUCGCAGCAUCCCCGACAGCCCCGCCGGCCGCCCCCGCGCCGCCCACCCCAAUUUUUUUGGGAAUUUUGGGGUGAGGAGGGGUCGUGGGGUCGGUGCUGGAGGGGCUGCAGGCGCGGGGCCGGGGGCGGGGCGGGGGUGUCAGCGCCGCGCCGGGGGACAGCUGGUUUGUCACUUAAGUCUUCUCAGCUUCGCCAAAACCCAAAGUGCAAAAAUGAGCUUAAAAAAAACCCAUGACAUUUAAAGAAAACACAAUUCUCCGUUCCAGUUCUUUGCUCCCGCCAGCUCCCGCCUUCCCCCUGCCUUAAAAACGACUUGAGGGGCUCGGAGAU